AUGUCAUCAUCAGAUAUAGUUGAUAAAUUAACACAAGAAGAGAUGGAUGUUAUAAUAUAUGAUGCAAGAGUGGGAGACUUGGAGACAUUACAAGAAAUAUUUGAAGAAAUUCCGAAAGACUUGAUACUAAAUAUAAAAGAUGAUAUAACAUUAAGUACACCAAUUCACAUGGCAUCAGCUAAUGGUCAUAUAGAAACAGUAAAAUAUCUUUUAUCAAUAAUAUCAAACAAGAAAGACGCUAUAAAUCUAGUAAAACAGAAAAAUGAAACUGGAAAUACUGCAUUACAUUGGGCUUCAUAUAAUGGUCAUUUACCAAUUGUUCAAUAUUUGGUGGAAGAAUAUGAAGCAGAUGCAUUUGAUAAAAAUAACGUAGGUCAUGAUUCAAUAUAUGAAGCAGAAAAUAAUAAUCAAACUGAAGUUGAAAAUUGGUUUUUAAAGAAAUAUACCCCCGAAGAAGAUUUCAAGAUCGAAGAAAAUGAUGAUGGUACAAAUACCAAAAUUACUUAUACACCUGGAAAAGAAAGUAAAUUAGCUGAUGAUAACGCAAAAGAAGCUGUUUUCAAAUCAAGUUUGAACAAUAAAGAGAAAAAAGACGAUGUUGAAGAAGCCAAAGAAAAUGGGAAGUCAUUAGAAGAAAAAACAUCAGACUUAUUGAUAUAA